AUGUCUGCAAUUCAUUCUCACAAUGACACAUAUAGCAUUAUCCAACUUAUAGGUGAGGGAGUAUAUGGGGAGGUGACCUGCUGUUGUAAAAGAAGCACUGGUCAGUUUGUUGCUAUUAAGACUGUAAAAUAUGAUAGUUGCAGUGCUGCAGAAGUCAGAAUGUUGAAACUCUUGCAAGAUAUGGAUGCAGACAAGUUUCAUAUUGUAAAUUUUCUUGAAUGCUUCCACAGAAAUGCAAAGUCUUACCUUGUAUUUGAACUUUUGGAGCAAAACUUGCAAGACUUCCAAAAGGCUAACAACUUUGCCCCUCUCCCUGUCAAGCAUGUUCGGACCAUUGCCAUGCAGUUGCUGAAGGCUUUGGAAAAGCUUAAGGAUUUGUCUAUUAUCCACACAGACAUCAAGCCAGACAAUAUCAUGUUAGUAGAGCAUAUGCGAUUUCCGUUCAGAGUCAAAGUGAUUGAUUUUGGCUCAGCCAGUUUACUGCCUGAGGUUCAGCAUAUUCAAGACCCAUAUAUCCAGGCCAGAUACUACAGAUCUCCGGAGAUUCUCUUGGGGUUGCCUUUCUGUGAAAAGCUGGAUAUGUGGUCCCUCGGUUGUGUUCUAGCUGAACUUCGACUUGGUAAACCUUUGUAUCCUGGUAAGAAUCAAUAUGAUCAGAUCAGAAUAAUUGUUGAAACCCAAGGUCAACCCCACGACCAUCUGCUCAACCAAGCAAGUAAGACUCACCUUUUCUUCAAAAGAAACUCUUAUCCUUCAUCAGCUCACCAGUGGCAACUUAAGUCAUUGUCUGAGUACCAGUCAAAGAUGUUUGCACAACCUUUGGAGCCAAGGAGACAUAACUUAAAGUCCCUCGAUGAGCUUGAAAUAUUCAGCAUCAUCGAAACAUUGUCCCCAAAUGGUGAUGAUAUUGCCGAGUUCCAUGAUCGCAACAGUAUGUUAGCUCUUGUGAAGAGAAUGUUGAACUUUGAUCCCAAAAAUCGCAUUUCUCCAAGACUUGCAUUACAGCAUCCAUUCAUCACCAUGGAGGAACUGGAGAAAAACCAUAAAGAUACAAAGUAUUAUGAGCUGUCUGUUCAAAGCCUCGAUGCUGCUCUGAAUUAUGUUAAAACUGAAAAUAACAAAAAUAAUUUUCACCUGCUUCAGAACUGUAAUAAUUCAAGUACUGUGCACCGUGAGAGUACAGAGGACCAAUGCAAUCAUAGUUACUCCUUUGGAAAAGCAGUCGUUGAUAAAAGGGACAAUGUCACUUUUGGAAAGUCAAGAAAAAAUAUGAUGCCACCUGGGGGAAAGAGCCAUCUAGUUCAUGAACCCUUCAGUGCUUGUGCAGGGGAUGCCCGACGCCCCCUUUAUCCAUAUCAAGAAACUUGUCACCAAAUCUAUUGGUCUGUACACAGGCAUGUUGCAGAAUCAACACCAGGAAAUCCUACCAAUCCACUUCUGUCAGAUCAUUCUUUUAGCAGUGUGAUUCAACUUGAUCUGAAGCCUGAUAAGGAUAGAAACAGUAAUAAGCACUCGAUUGUCUUUCCAUUAAUGAAAGGUCAAGAGAAUGGGGACAACAAACCCGAAAAGUACCCAAGAUCUUCUAUAACGGAGGAGAAUCAAAAUAAAGAAGGACAAAUAAAGGAAACAACAGCAGUACACCUGAAAAAUUCCAUUGCAAAAGAAAAUAAUUCUGCACCAGUCACAUCCUACACACAUUCCAAGUGUAGUGUCAUUAAGGCCUCGAAUUGGAGGGAUGCUAUAGAGGUGGGAUUCAUAGACUCAGUUCAGAGGUACAGAACUUGUCCUGGGACCAAACAGCACCUGGAACCUGGAAUGCACGUACACAAAAAGCAGAAUUCUAUUUCAACACGCCCAAGACAUAUCAAAGAUAAACCAGGCCUCAUUGUUUCUCAACAGGAAGAGCUUAAUAGUGACCAAGCUGAAGAAAAUGUAAAGAGUGGAACCAGGAGGAUUAGGAGUAGAUCAAGACAUAUACCCAAGAGUGAAAUUACCAGUUGCAAAGCAAACAAGCUGUUGCUUCCAGAGGAUUGUGGAGAGGAUCAAGGCAAAAAAGUGCACUUAGAAAACAUUCAUCUGAAACAAAUUACCAAGAGGCAUGAUCUGAGUUCAGAAACAGAAAUUAAUUCUCCACCAGUGGAAGUCAAUGAAGCUGAAGAUUUGGAGAAAAAGAAAAUUCUAGAUAAGAACACCUGUGGGAUUUUCAAGUUAGCAAAGUUCCAGAGCAGUAGCAAGAAAAUCCAAAAGGAAAAGAAAGUAACCUGCUGGGGGUGAGGAUAAGGUCUGACAUUUGCUGAACCCUGGACACAAAGAAUAUCUUUGAAGUUAUAUUCACCUCGAUAGUCGCUCCACAAAUCAACAGUAGAUUCCUGUGUGCAUUGGGUUACAAGCAAAACAAACACUGUAUCUGAUUGUUCACUGGAAGCCUUAAUUAUGAAAGAUAUAUGAACAUUUUAUAUUGAGAAAAUUAAAGAAAAAGAAAUUAAAAUCUCAUACUUCACAAGUGCUAAAUUUAAAAUGCUUAAUUUAUUUAGUUUUCUGGUGCUCUUAAUUAUUUCCUUCCUGCAGGUAGAACUUACAACAUAACAUAAUCAAAAUUAGCACAAAAUAUUGACAAUUUCAUAUGGUAUAUUAUUUUGUUUCAAAAUUGAUUACAAGCAAAUAAAAGCCUGGCAAACAAAUAUAAUCCAAAGGGAUAUAAUCACCAAUAAUGAGUUAACCAACAGUAUCCUUCUGGGUCCCAUGAUUGGCUUUUCUAAAAAACUGUAAUUGUUUUGUGUAGCUGAGGAAGAUUUAAACAUUGUAAACCCUGAGAUAUUAUUGGCUUAGUGAAGCUGAGAAGCUGAAGUUGUGCCUCUAAGUAGGUGAUGGGAUGUUGUUUCCAGAAUUCAAGAGAACAAAGCAUCCCAGGAAAGAUGGUUAAAGUACCAAAGUCUAAAAGGUUGUUGACACAGUCCAUGAUGAAUACCUUUUGAGGGAGUUUCAAGGGCAGAUAUCCAGAAAAGUGAAGAAUUGGAACGCGUUUGAUGACCCAUAGUGUCGCGCAUGUGUGUUUAGUGGGGGAUGAUUUAUUGAAUGAGCAAUGGGUUCUGUGUUGAUUCCAUUUGUUAUUUGAUGUAUUCUGUGCAGAGGUUUGUUCCAGUUUAUCUAUUACCCAUAUUUGGCUCAUGUUAAUUUUAUGAUAAGUUAUGUCAUAUGUAUCUAUAUAGUUUAAAUUGUUUUUGUCUAAAAUCUUCACCUGUUUGAGUGUAUUUGAUUUAUA